AUGCUUGUUGUCCCCGUUCUUAAGAGGAAAGUUCCUCUGAAGAAGAAGUCCGGUCAGGCCUCCAGUUCUCACCCGUCCGACUCGACCACCACACCACGUGAUCAUUCGACCUCCUCCAUGGAGCCGCAACCUCUUUCAUAUGAGCACCCACACCCAGUCUCUUCUCCUGUCGAUACCACCACGCCUGUGAUCGAACUCAUUGCCUCCCCGAACCUUAAUCUGGUCAAGGAGGAUCAAUUUAAACGCCCCUUCACUGAGGAGAGUGGGGGGCAUAAUAAGCGUCUCCGAGUUGAGGAGACGACUGAUGCUGCGCGCUUCUCCAUCUCUUCCCUGAAUAAGGGUUUGAUCGAGCUGGUUCCUCUGGUCGAUCAAGCCCUCUUGAGCGCCAACCAAUCCAUCCCCUUGAUUGAGCAGGGGUACUGCAUUCUUCGAAACAAGAUUAACGACCUAACUCACCGACGCCAGGAGCUCCGGGAGCUGCUGAAGGACGAAAAGCUAAAGGUUAAGGCCCUCGCGGCAGAGAAUGGAGCCCUUGAGGAGGAGAAGAAAACUCUUGAGGCUACGCUCAAGAAGAAGAAACGCCUGACUGAUCUAGCUGCAUUGCGCACUCGUCAGAUGGAACACCACGAGCAGGUGGUGGCCGACUUUAUGCGGUCACCUUUAUUUCUGAAGGAGUUCGCCCUAGAGAAAGCGGGCAAACAAAUAGUUGAGGAUGAAUUUGAGGAGCUCGAUGUCGAGGCCAUAUGGGAUGCCAUGCCCAAGGCCAUGUUCGAGUCUAUCUGUCAACGACCAUUAUCGAACAUGGCCGAAUCCACCUCUGGCUCGAGUCAGCAAAUCGAGCAGCAGCCCCAUCCUACCCUCGAGCUAACUCCUUCAGAUCUUCAUGUUAACUCCGAGCAAACCUCCCAAAUCUCAAUGCGACUGCUCCUUGUGCAUUUUGUAAUUUUAUUUUUCAAGCUCGAAGAGGCCAAGCAAUCCAUCAAGCUCGCGACGGGGCGUGACGUCAAGGUCUUCAGCGUUGACGCCAGGGACUACGACGCCGUCAAGCGCGCUGUGGAGGAUGCCGGCCCGAUCGACGUUCUCGUGUGCAACCAUGGGGUUUACAUCCCCCAAGAAGUCGAGCAUCAAGAUAUGGAGGAGAUCAAGUUCAUGAUCGAUGUGAAUCUGACGGGGACAUUCCACCUGAUUAAGGCCGCCUUGCCCCGUAUGAAGCAGACUCGGGCCGAGCGUGGACCCGGUUCCAUUGCGAUCAUGUCUUCCCAGGCUGGUCAGGUUGGCAUUUACGGUUAUGCAGCUUAUUCAGCCAGUAAGUUUGGCCUCAGGGGUUUGGCAGAAGCACUUCAGCAUGAGGUUAUAACAGACAACAUUCAUGUGUCCCUCAUUUUCCCUCCAGACACCGAUACUCCCGGAUUUGCUGAAGAGUACAAAAGGAGACCUCAACUUACUAGCAUAAUAGCAGCUUCCUCUGCCGCUCAGAAAGCAGAUGAUGUUGCCCAAAAAGCUCUGGAUGGGAUUCAGUCUGCCUCGUUUAACGUUAACUGCAAUCUAUUGGGCAUUAUGCUUUCUGGUGCAACUGCUGGACUGUCCCCACAGAGAUCAUAUCUGAUGGCAUUCUUGGAGGUUAUGACUGCUGGUUUAAUGCGUGUUGUUGCCCUGUUUUUGCAGUGGAGUUGGUUUGCAGAAAUUGAGAAGUUUCACGCAAAGAAAUAGUUUGUCACAUGAAGUUCAAAAAUGGUUUACUGAGCUGUGCAAUGAUUUGCUCCAUACUGGAAAAAGUACAAAAUCGGGUUUGGAGACAAUUUAGUGGCAUAUGUUUUUGGUUCUUGAAACUGUCAAUGAGUAUUGAUUAGAUAUUUUCACUUGUGGCUGUUGUGGGUUUGUUGAAACUUUAACUUUGAACUUCCCCGUUUUGGAAGAUGAAGCACAUUUGUUUCUUGCAUGUUCUUAUUAGUCAAACCCCAGCAAAUUCUCUCAAUAGUAAGAAGAAUCUUGAUUUCUAUGUGAUGAUGCGUCUGAUUUUUCUGAAGCUAUUAAUCGUUCUAAGCUUUUGAGCGAUCUCUCUUUUGCAAAGAAUUGCUUGAUUUGGGAAUGGAUCAAAAUGCAAAUGUGAUUUGAUCUCCUUGCUACUUGUUGAGUGUUUGCGGAGACAUAUACUGUGAACAAGUGAUUUUAUUAUUGCAGGCAGGCAAAGUUGAGACACAAACUGGUGGUGUUUGCGAACUGAAGUUGAAAAUUCUAAACCAACUCCCUAUAUACUUAUAUGGAGCAAAAAAAUAAAAUUUGUUAUCCAAUGUUUUCCAAAGCAAACAUUACCGAAGCUAGAGAAGAAAAAGUGCACAACAGAACAAACAAGAAGACAGGGCAGCUCUAGCAUUGAUCUUAAUCUAUACUGAAUCGUUUUUUGUACAAAUCCAAUACGUCCCAUUCAAACAAGUCGCCACGUAAGAAGACACAAAUAACACGUGGCAACCUGGCAUGCCCUUCAACUGUUUCCAACUCUCAGCAGCAUGAAGAGUGUCGAUUCAUAAGUUGGCUAAUCUUAUUUGCUUUUUCUUUUUCCUUCAAUAUAAAUACAUGCUAAGAGUUCAAAUAAAUCAACAUAUAUAUAUAAUUAGUUACUAACACGUACACAUAAAAAAAAUGUGUUUUCUCUGUGGUUCGAUAUUAAAGAUUUAAGCAGAUAUAAUAAAAAGGGAGAUGGCAGCUGAGGAGCAGAAGUUUCCGGCACAAAGGCAGGAGGAGCAGCCCGGAAAACAGCACCUGAUGGACCCUAUUCCACAGACACUUAACCCUGAUUACAAACCCACCAACAAACUCCAUGGCAAGGUGGCUCUGGUGACGGGAGGCGACUCAGGCAUCGGACGAGCCGUGUGCUACCUCUUUGCCAUGGAAGGUGCCAGCGUGGCCUUUACUUACGUGGCUGGCUUCGAAGAAAAAGAUGCCAAGGACACCCUCAAAAAGAUCAAAGAGCUCAAAGCUCCAGACACAAAAGACCCAAUUGCCCUCCCUGCAGAUGUGGGGUUCGACGAGAACUGCAAGCUGGUGGUGGACGAGGUCAUCAACAACUUUGGACACAUAGACAUCUUAGUCAACAAUGCAGCCGAGCAGCAUGUGACGAGAACGGUCGAGGAUAUAGACGAAAAUACCCUCGAGAGGAUCUUUCGGACCAAUAUCUUCUCACACUUUUUCUUGACCAGGCACGCGCUGAAGCACAUGAAAGAAGGAAGCAGCAUAAUCAACUCGACAUCGGUGGUGGCCUACUGUGGGUCCCCAACUUUGCUCGACUAUUGUUCCACCAAAGGAGCCAUUGUGGCCUUCACACGUGGCCUUGCCCUUCACCUCAUUCACAAAGGUAUUCGGGUGAAUGCCGUGGCUGCCGGGCCCGUGUGGACCCCACUGCAGGUGGCUUCCAUGCCAGAAGAGACCUCCACAAAGAUCGGGUCCGAGACUCCCAUGGGCCGGGCCGCCCAGCCCCACGAGAUUGCCCCGUCUUAUGUCUUCCUUGCAUCAGACGACUCGUCUUCCUACUUCACGGGCCAAGUCCUGCACCCUAAUGGUGGGAUGAUCGUCAAUGCAUGAUGAAGAGACUAAUGGGAAGAGAAUGACUUGGAGAUUAGAGUGUUUGGUGAUUUGGAUUGUACAUACAUAAAUAAAUAAAUAAAUAAACGGAUGUUUAUGUAAAAAGGAGCUGGUGUUUAUAAAGUCUGGCUGAGUUCUUGGGGCUAAAUUUGUUGUACAAUAAUAAUAAUAAUGCAAAUAAAAAGCCAGAUUAUGAAUUUGUUGUCAACUAUUUACAUAAUUA